CAUUGCACAGCCAUCACCGUGCUUCCAGCACCUUCUGCCGAUUCAAGAUGCAGGCCUACGCCGCCUUUACCCAGCUGCCCCGUGACGGAGCCUCCGGGCAGGGAGGCGCUGGCACAGGAGGCGCAGCACCAGAUUUGCCGCCCUUGGACGCCCAGUCGGCGAAGCAGGAAGCUCAGCGGAUCUUCGGACUGGCUCGGCAAGUGCUUGAGGAGCACAACCAGUGGCUUCACAAGAAGCAGCAAGAUGAGGCGGCUCGCAGGGAACGAGGGGAGCUGCUGCGCGUUGCGGCCUCCGAUGGCCAGGCCACGCAGGUCACUCUGAACUUUCAGCUUCCCGGCGGCGCGAAGGCGACGCAUACCCUGGAGACCAAUGCGACAGGCUUCGAUAUCUACUCCAAGGCCUACGAGCUGGUCAGCAGGAAAGAGGUGCCUUUCACCAUCACUGUUUCGGGCCCCACCAGCGGCACGGGAGCGCAGAUCUCAAAGCAGGUGGACGAGGCGGCCUUCGGCACAAGCUUGUCCAGUUUGUCCAUGCAGCCCGGGUGCAGCUACAACGUGGUGAUUGCGCAGGGCCGAUGACUGUCAAUGCUCGCUGCCAGCUCGUUCAAAGGGUGAAAUUCUCAAAGCC